AUGAGCAACUGUCUCAAACUGCCUGUGGCAGCCUUUGCUUUUGAUCCACACUGUGCUGUGCGAUCCCCACCUGACAACUGGCACAUCUUGGAGCUUGCUGAAUCCAUUCUGAAUGAAGGGUUCAUCACCACCACCGAUCCAAUCAUGGGGAUGCAGAGCGCGGAAGUACUUCAAGGUGCAAGCCUUGCUCAUGUCCAGCCCCCUUGGUCUGGGAAUUUGCUGCCUUUUUCAGUAGGCUUUUCCAAAGGCCGAGCUCGAAUUCACACGUUGCUGGCAAUCUUGAGGGUGGCUUUUGAUAACAAGCUCGACAUUGAACAGGUUCACCCUGUGCUGGCAGAGUCGGUGGUGAGUAUCAACACCCACAUCUUAGAGCAUGCCUCCAAGCAGCAGGAGUUGAUCUACAAUUUCAAGCUGUCCAAUCGUGGAUCACUGCGGAGGCCACCGUCCAUCAUGGAAUGGGUCCAGAGCAUUAAACAACUUCGCGGGCAAGGUGCUGAUGUUGACCUGCAGGCAAUCAUCAAGAAGUUCAACCACGGCACGAUCAAACCAUUGCAAUUGGGUGGAGCCAAAGCUGUUGCUGUCAGGAACCUUCUGGAAACAAUGCCUGCCUCAGCCUUGAAUGUCAUUGAGGCCCAUGUCCAGAAGCUUGGGUGGCAGAACAGCUGCUUCUCAGAUGAUUGCUUGAGCAGCAAGCGGGUGUUGCCAACCUACAAUUUCCGUCACCAAGCUGGUGGAUUGUGGUCCAAGCUUGGCAAGAUGGGCGAGGAAGCCACUUUGUGCCUUUUCAAGCAUGUGACAGUUGCCUAUGAGACAACCCCUCCAGCCGCCCGGAAAUCUUUCAGCAAGGCGGAAUUGGAUGAGAAAGCUGAGGAAGCAGCUUUUGUGGUGAAUUGUGCAAGUUUGGCCUUGAAUGAGGCGCCGGUCAAUUACGCUGAGCUGUACGAGAAGUUUGUAGGACCAUACAGCGAGAGUGACCCCAGCGUUCUCUUGGAAGUUCAAUGUGCACUUGGGCAGAAGGACCCAGCUUUUGCUUUGCGGUCUUUGAAGCCUUUGAAAGACGCGCUGGAUGCCCAUGCCACCAGCCGACCACUUGGGGAUGACCCAUCACAAAGUGUGCAUUUAUCCAACUUGGAAGCAGACGCCUACGAGCUUCUGCAGCGAAGAAUUGAGUAUGAUUUGAAAUGCUUCAGGGUCUACAAGUCCAAAUUGGAGAGCCAUGAGACCGCACAGUUUCAUGCUGAGUUGAACCAUCGGAAAGGAGCCUAUGAUGCUUCUCUCUCAGCAGCAAAGAAACUGAUGGCUUCCAACGUCAAGGUGAUCAGCUCUCCAAAUUUGCACACCGUCCUCCAAGAGUACAAUGACUUUGUGGGCCAGUUUUGCAAGAUGUUUGGCUUGGCAAAAGAAUCGCUGGUCACCGACUUAGCUUUGGUCAUCAUUUCCAUCUUGAACUGGAGUGCUUUAUGCCGGGUGAACAACGACCGGCAGCAGCUUCAAUCCCGUGCAGUGGCGGUCAUUACCAAUUCUGAUGGUGGAUCACAGCAAGUUGGAAUUGUGCUACUUCCUCAAUUUGGCUAUCAAAGAGGACAGCUGUGGAUGCAAGAGCAUCACUGUCUCAAGGCACUAAGCUCGGCAGGGCUGCACGUGGACCGAACAUUUACACUGCCGUUUUCAGCCAGGGUUGAUCAGAGAGACAAUCGUCCUUUGAUGUACCAUGGGCGGAUUGUGUCUUCUUUGGGCCUCUCAGAGAAAGAUUGGGCCCUGAAGAACUCAGAGCUUGUCCGGAAUCAACGCUGUGAGCCUGCAGAGCAGCUGCCUGCCUCCAGCAUGGUCUUCGUUGAAGACUUGCAGCCAGACGCCAUGCCAUGCACGACCGACUUGGAUGGGCUUGUGAGCGGCGCCAAGAAGUACGAGCAAGUGGGCAGUUCUGGCUAUGGUCGGAUUCUCCAGAGCGCAGUGGCAGGCUUGAAUUUGCCACCAAAGGGUGGGAUUGUUGUGUUUGACGCAUCCUUGUCUGUCGGUGACUGCUUUGAUGCAUGGAUGGAUGUCAAAAAUGAUUGGCAAGUCCCCACUGCUUACGUUGGCCUGCCAGAAGAUAUGGUUGUGGCUGAAUGGUUUCAGAAGACCAGGCAGCAGGCCAUUGCUCGGAAGCACAUGCAUGGAGACCUGUCAAUCCCUGGCUGUCCACGAGUCGAUCCUGAGCUGCCAGCUGAGCACAAGACGCAGGCCCCUUCACUUCCUCCUUUGAACGUUCUUCAAGCUGUUGGGCCAAACAAGGCAUAUCCAUUGAUGCCAGAAUCACUGAUCAAGGAGUGGAGCUCUCAUGCGGUCUUUGGGGAUACCUUCCGGUCCACCUUGGACAAGAUCAUUGAGGAAUUUGGGGAGGCGCCAUCAGCUCAAGAGGUGAAGCAGGAAGAAUCUGAAGCAGGAAACCCAAAGAAGAGGAAAGGUAGGGAUGAGACUCAGGCCACAGUUGCAAAAUGCCCCAGGUCAGCUGUGCCUGUGAAGCAGAUCCCCAUCCAGUCCAUUGGGAGCGAGCAAGUCCUGCUGGAGACAGAGUUGGUCAAUUGCAAGAACAAGGGGUUGAAAUUGCAAAUGAAAGCUGGAGGGAAAGUGUAUGUCUUGAAUAUGAGCUCCACUGCCGCCAAGCUCCCGGCGGGCUCUUACAAGCAGAGAGCUGCUGGGGAGCCUGUGGGAGAGAAGGAGGUUCUCUUCACCCUUCAGCCUGAGACCAUGGUUUUGAUGGGCAAUACCUUGAAGAGUGUGAGGUCUGUGGUGGAUGGAAAGCGAUCCACGGAUCCCCAUGCCAAAGUCGCGUACCAUGAGAUGUCUGAGGCAAGCACGACCGAGGAUCCAAGCAAGUUUGAUCUGAAGCUGACAACUCGCAUUGUCUUUGUCCCCACGGGCCCAGCCAAGGCCAAGGAAGAGGAGGGUGAGGGCUUCAGUGGAGCUCAAGUCUCAGCAGCCCGCAUGGUACCUAUGGAAGCGUGGGUGAAGGGCAGUUUGGCUUUCCCUGCUUGGUGUGUGCGCUGGGCCCCACAAGGCCUGAUGCCGAUUCGCCCAGUGAUCGUGUUGCUGCAGGAGAUCAUGCUGGAGCCUGCUCAUGGCGUGAUGCUUUGA